AUGCCAGUGGGCAGGGAGGUGGGUAGAUGCCCGCAGCAAAGGACUGAUGGAUCUGCUCAUGUAUCUCACGUUUUGCCUUCCAGCGGAGCUGAGUCCCUCUCUUCAGAUGAAAAAGAGGUGGCAGCCAACGGUGCGGAGGGAGAGGGCUCGGCUGAGGAGCACCCAGCGGGAGAGGACAGUUCCGAAGACAGCUCCAGCAGUAGCUCAGAAGAGGAGCCAGAUGCAGAGGAGUUGGAUGGAAGAAGGUUGGAUGAAGAACAAGAGGAGAAGGAAUUGAUACCGCCCUGCGAUGAGUCAGGAGUGAACUGUCUGCCACCCUGUGAGCAUUGCAGAAAUGCAAAUGACCAGAAGGAGCAAGUGACCCCCAGGAGACUUUGUGGAGGACAGCAUGUAGUGCAGCUGGACGCAGAGGGGACUUACCAGUGCAGCCUCACAGGCUUGAUUUUUGAGGUAACGGGGGCCGUCAAAAUCACAUAUUCCCUCUUAUCCUGGAGCAAAUACGCCAACCUCGUGGAAAAGCCGUGGAUCGUGGGCGGCCCGCUCUUCGACGUGCGCUGUGACUCAGCCUCCGCUCUCACCUCCAUCCAGUUUCCCCACUCCCUCUGUCUCGGCGGUGAGUGCCGGCCACCGGCCCGGCGGGCGCGGGAGGCUGCCGGCUUCCCGGCGCAGGAGGCGCUGAGGUGGCCCUGUGUCCCCGCAGAUCAUGGCGCUGGCAUGGCCUUCAAGGUUUUGCACAUCAAAGGCGAGGGUGCAGCCAUCGAGCCCUCCGCCGACUACUCAGCCUCGCACGUGAAGUGGCUGGUGAGCUCGCUCUCGCCGGUGGGACCGCUCAUCCAGAGCCAGGAGCCGGUGCAGUACCACGGGGCCGUCAUCCUCUACAAAGUCAUCGAUGAGCAUCCCUCCUUGUCCUUUCGGGUCUAUGUGGCUACAAACAACGACUCCUUUAUAAAGGAUAUCUCAAGGGCCGUAAAACAUUCAAAUAAGAAAUUCAUUAAAAUUGACAAGCCCCCUGUAUGCCAGAAAUUACUACAGAAAGGAAAGAGGUAUAGAUUAGUUUGUGAGCCAGAAGCCGAAAUAACUCCAGAGGAAAUUGAAUUUGUUGAUGGAUCUCUCCUGAAACUAAAAAGUUACAUUGAAGUCUAUUUGGAGAAACCCGACGACUUCACCUUGUCUUUGGUUGAGCUGGAGUCUGAUGCGGUUGUGUGGAAAGCAAAACUAAGAGAGAGUGAGUCUUUGGUCUUCCCAUGACUGGUUUGUUCCUGCUGGAAAGAUGCAGGAGCUGGGAUAUAAUUCCACCCUUAGACGCACUGAAAUUCUUUUUG